AUGUGGGGGAAUCAUCGAAGUGGAGGAGGUGGUGGAAGUGGAGGCGGAGGAGAAAAGAAAGAAACAAUCACCAGGCUUGUUGCAUUAGCCAUUGACAAAGACAAAGGAAGCCAAACUGCUCUCAAAUGGGUCAUUGAUAACAUGCUUAGCCAAGGCCAAACUCUUGUCCUAAUUCAUGUCGAUAUCAAUAAAUCCCAUUCUCAAGUCCAUCUUUCCCAUUCUCCUCCAAAAAUCCACCACCACGAAUACUCCCACGAUGCCUCCUCCUCCCAAUCCGAUGCCGAUCCAAUAACAAAGGAGUUAUUCCUCCCCUUUCGAUGUUACUGCACUAGAAAAGACAUAAAAUGCUACGACAUCGUUCUCCACGAGCACGACGUGGCGAAAGCGUUGGUGGACUACGUUUCUCAAUCCGCGAUAGAAGUUUUGGUCUUAGGUGCCCCUUCCAAGCACGGUUUUCUCAAGAGAUUCAAAAUAACAGAUGUUCCGUCUAGCGUCACGAAAGUAGCUGCGGAUUUUUGCACCGUAUAUGUAAUCUCCUCUAAAGGGAAGAUCUCGUCUACGCGAGCCGCGACUCGUGCCGCCCCCGCCGUAUCUCAGCUCCGCAAUCUAAUUCUCGCCCAAAACAUCCCCUCAUUGCCCCACUCAACAAGUUCGCACGCUCCAAGCAUAAACGCCUUUAAAGGAAUUCCAAGAUCACAAUCAGAACAUCCAACCAACAUGCUGCAUGAUCUAGAAUCUAUGAAGUCUCCUUUCACUCAUAGGAAAGGUCCAAAUGGAAAAUCAUACGCAGAUUUUCCACCACCUCCGGACACUGACAUAUCCUUUGUAUCGGGGGGAAGACCGAGCAUAGACAAUAUGCAUCCUCCAUUUUACGACGGUCAUGAUGUUGGUCGAGCCCAUUCUCCAUUUCAGCCAAGCAUAUUAGAUGCAGAGAGAGAUAGAGAUAGCUAUAGAGAUAGAGAUAGCUUUGAGUAUCUUAACUCAGGACGGAAAUCAAUAGAGGCGAUCACUCCACGCAAAUUUUCAAUAACUUCAGAUGACAGUGAAAGAUCAUCUUCAACUCAAGCAAUGGACGAAGUGGAAGUAGAAAUGAGACGGUUGAAGCAGCAACUGAAGCAAACAAUGGACAUGUAUAGCUCAGCCUGCAAAGAAGCACUCACAGCAAAACAAAAGACAAAUGAGCUCCAGCGAUGGAAAGUAGAAGAAGAACAGAAGCUAGAAGAGGCGAAAUUAUCAGAGGGAGCAGCAUUAGCAUUGGUAGAAAAAGAAAGGGCAAAGUCUAGGGUAGCCAUAGAACAUGCAGAAGCAUCUCAAAGGAUAGCAGAGUUAGAAGCACAGAAACGAAUAAGCGUCGAAAUGAAAGCACUAAAGGAAGCAGAAGAAAGAAACAAAGUAAUGAGUAAACUAUCUGAAUCAGACAUCCGUUACCGUAGAUACUCCAUAGAGGAUAUAGAAUCCUCAACAAAUUUCUUCCACGAAUCAUUGAAAAUCGGUGAAGGCGGUUACGGCCCAGUUUACAAAUGUUACCUAGAUCACACGCCAACAGCAGUUAAGGUUCUCCGGCCCGACGCCGCUCAAGGAAGAUCACAAUUUCAACGGGAAGUCGAAGUUCUCAGCUGUAUAAGACAUCCAAACAUGGUCCUACUCCUCGGAGCUUGUCCUGAAUACGGUUGUCUAGUUUACGAAUACAUGUCGAACGGAAGCUUAGAAGACCGUCUUCUACGUAAGGGAAACACGCCACCAUUGACAUGGCAGCAGAGGUUUCGAAUAGCAUGUGAAAUCGGAACUGGGUUACUUUUUCUCCAUCAAGCAAAACCAGAGCCGAUCGUGCACCGUGAUUUGAAACCAGGAAAUAUUUUGUUAGAUCACAACUACGUUAGUAAGAUAAGUGAUGUCGGUUUGGCCAGGCUUGUUCCUCCUUCGGUGGCGGAUACAGUUACUCAAUACAGAAUGACGUCGACGGCGGGAACUUUCUGUUAUAUAGAUCCGGAGUAUCAACAGACAGGAAUGCUUGGGAUAAAAUCUGAUAUUUAUUCGUUAGGAAUUAUGUUCUUGCAGAUAAUAACGGCUAAACCCCCCAUGGGUUUGGCUCAUCAUGUUGAAAAGGCACUUGAGAAAGGGACAUUUGCUCAAAUGUUGGAUCCCACUGUAACAAAUUGGCCGAUUGAAGAAGCUUUGUUGUUUGGGAGGAUGUCGCUUCAAUGUGCUGAGUUGAGAAGGAAAGAUCGACCUGAUUUGGGUAAAGUUGUGUUGCCUGAACUUGAAAGAAUGAGAAACAUGGCAGAUGAGCAAACCAUGUCAUAUUCUUCGUCUCAUGAUGGUUACAAUUCUCGUAACCAAAGCCAAGCAUCCAUAUCCAAUGAAGGAGUGAGCCCGUUUGCUCGAUCAGGAGGGUAUGAGAGCUCAAGAAGCCACAUGAGCACGGACAACUACUAA